AGUCACCUCCUCACAUCUACCUGCUCAGACUCUCUCCAGAUCUCCUCUCACAUACAUUUGGACUGCUUGUUUACCGGACUGAUAUCAGGAUACUGCCCGACCAUGAGUCGUGGUUUGCGGCCCACGCUUUUCAUACUGCUGGUGAUUGUGCUGCAAUCUGUUUCGACAUUUGAGUUUGAUUCUGGCGGACAUCUAGUCAGAAGAAAAAGGGAAUGGAUUCCACCACCGAAGGUCUUGGCAGAAAAUGAGGACCACACGAAGCAAUUUGUUGCCAAGAUUCAUUCCGAUUUCGAUAAUGGACACGGAAAUAUUGACUACUUCCUUGAAGGAAUCGGUGCAAACCAAUAUCCCUUCAAUGUUUUUACUGUUGAUAAAAAAUCCGGCAAGAUCUGGGUGACCAAAAAACUGGACAGGGAAGAGUAUGCCAUGUACAAUCUCUCCGGUGUCGCCAAGUACACCAACGGAGUAGAGGCAGAGCGGAACAUCGACAUACGCUUCAAGGUUGGGGAUAAGAAUGACAACUCACCCGUGUUCCCCCUAAACCCUCAGCCUGGACACGUGAAAGAGCUGAGUGCUCCAGGAACACCAGUGAUGAAUUUUGCGGCCACUGAUCUGGAUGAACCGGGGAAUCCCAACUCUCAGAUCAAAUACACCAUUGUCAAACAGACUCCAUCUGACAACAUGUUCUCCAUCACCAAUGACGGAACAAUCAUCGUUGUGAAUCCAAUGCUAGACAGAGAGAAAACAGAUCAGUACACUCUGGUCGUGAAAGGCGAAGACCUUAAUGGCAACGGAGGAAACGUUGGAACUGGAACUGUUGUCAUCAAAGUUGAUGAUGUGAAUGACAAUCUUCCUACUCUGGAAAAGGAAAACUACGAGGGCAGCAUUGAGGAGAAUGUGGAGGGCAUAGAGGUGAUGAGACUGAAAGCAUCGGACCUGGAUGUGACGGAAACGGAAAACUGGGACGCAGUAUAUGAGAUUGUGAAAGGCAACGAGGCGAAAUACUUCAGCAUCAAGACAGACCCCAAGACCAAUGAGGGAAUUCUGAUGCUUGACAAGGCUGUGAAUUAUGAGGACAUUAAAGACCUUGAUCUUGGAAUCACUGUGAAAAACAAAGCUCCUCCACACAGUGGUCCAGGUUCUUCUGCCACUAGUUUAAGUUUUGGUGGAGGGGGAGGAGGAGGAGGCGGAGGAGGCGGAGGAGGCGGGGGAGGCGGGGGAGGCGGGGGAGGCGGAGGAAGCGCGGGAGGUGGAAGUGGUGGAGGGGGUGGAGGAACUGGGACUGGUGGGGGAUCAGGUGGAAGCUCGAGUACAACCAGCUAUAAGACCUAUCCUGUUAAAAUCAAAGUCAAGAACCAGCCAGAAGGCCCUGCCUUUGACCCAAAAGUCAAAGCUAUUCCAAUCUCAGAAGGAGACACCUCUCUCAGCAUUAAGGAUGUGAUCGGCAGCUACCCCGCCAUAGACCAGGACACAGGAAAACCAGCUGAGAAUGUUCGAUAUGCAAAAGGUUUUGACCCGGAUAACUGGCUCUAUAUUGAUCCAGUGACAGCAGAGAUCAAACUGAACAAGAAGCCUGACAGAGAAUCGCCUUUUCUUGUCAAUGGGACCUACUAUGCCAAGGUCCUCUGCAUUUCUGACGACAUGCCUUCCAAAACGGCCACUGGCACUGUGGGCAUCCAGGUGGAGGACUUCAACGACCACUGUCCCACCCUCACAAGUCAAUACCAAACGAUGUGCACCGACAAAUACGCCGUGUUUGUUAGUGCAAAGGAUGAAGAUUCGUUCCCCAAUGGACCUCCCUUCCAGUUUUCAAUCAUUCCUGAAGGCACGGAGGGCAAAUGGCAGGUGGAGCAUUACAAUGACACUGCUGCCAUUCUUCGAGCCCGAGAGUCCUUGUGGCCGAGGUUGUACAAAGUGCAGUUUUUGAUCAAAGACGGGCAAGGAGAGGCAUGUCCAGAGCCUCAGACGGUGGAAGUUAUUGUGUGUACCUGUGAGGACGGGGUGAUGUGCGGAAAGCGAGGGGGCAAUGGCCGGCCCAACAAGGAUAUUGCCUUAGGACCUGCUGGCAUUGGGCUUCUUUUGCUGGGACUGCUGCUCCUACUGCUUCUCCCAUUGUUGUUGCUGUUCUGCCUUUGCGGAGGCGCUGGUGGUCAAGCAGGCAAAUUUGCCGAGAUGCCAUUUGACAGUAAAGCACAUCUCGUCAACUACCGGACUGAAGGACAAGGAGAGAAUACGGAGGUGCCUCUGCUCAACAUGCCGCUGCAAGGGGAAGAUAUGCCCUAUGUGGAAAAGGGAGACAUUGGCAAAGCCAUGACAGGAAUGGCUCACCAGAGGUCUAUAGUUUCCAUGGACAGUGGGAUGAACGGUGGCGGAUAUGUUGAUGGCUUUGUGAGAAAAGAAACAUGGGGAGCAAUGAACGAAGGUUGGGGCAAUGAGCACCGCUCUGAGUUUGAAAACCAGGAGUUAAGAGGAGGAGGUGCAACCAUCUACGAUGGCAUGGCUCUGCCACACCACGUCCUUGGACAAUAUUACACACAGAAACUCAGCAGUGAAAAUGACGCCGUGAAGGACAGUUUCUUGGUAUAUGACUACGAAGGUCAAGGCUCGCCUGUUGGCUCGGUGGGAUGCUGCAGUCUACUGGAGUCUGAUAAUGACCUGCAAUUUCUGGACGACCUUGGGCCAAAGUUCAAGACCCUGGCUGAAGUUUGUGGUGGCAAACCUAUACCGUCAACGCCAGCACCCAGACCACCGUCCAUCUCACAUACAUUAGUAUCAAAUGUGUCAACGGCCGCACCCUUACCUUCCCCACCCAAGCCAGUUGUGUCCACUACAGAGACUGUGGUCAAAGAGAUAUCCAAUCGUUCUCAGGCAGUAAAGGAAACCUCAGCCUCGGUGAGAGAGGGAAUGGCUGCGGUGAAAACAGGGGCAGCAAACAAAGGCCAAAUGUUUGUCCUGCAGCAGCAACAGCCUGUCUAUUACGCCACUACCCCUGUCGUGCAACCAGUGCAGUAUGUAGUUCAGCCUCAGGUGCCCACCACCGUGAUGCUCGCGAAGGCACCAGCCACAAAUCUUCAGAACAUGGUUUUGGUGAAUGGCGCACAGCCUGCACCGGCCCAGGGCAUGGUUCUUGUCAAUGGAGUGCAGCCUGCACCAGCCCAGGGCAUGGUUCUUGUCAAUGGGGCACAGACUGGAGCCACGCCAGGCAUGGUUUUGGUCAACGGAGCACAAACUGGGGCUGCCCAAGGCAUGGUAGUGCAGGGGCAUUCUGUUAUGUCUGUUGGACAAGCCAAGGGCCCUGGAAUGAUGCUGGAGGGUAGUGGGCUUCGGGCUAGCAGUGGUAACUUGAUUCAAGCUGGAAAUCAAGCAGCUGCCCAGACCAUGAUGGUUGUGGAAGGCAAGGUCCCUGCUGGGUCACUGAAAGUUCUGCGAGGCAACCAAGCGACCGUUGUUCAAGGGGGCUCACUCCAACCAGUUGGAGUUUCAGGAUCCCAACGAGUGAUGGUGGUUGAAGGUUCAACCGGCAGCGGAGGAAGGCUAAUCCAAGGGUCAGGAGGAUUUUCUCAAAAAAGUAAAGCCUCUGGAUCCCAGAUAAAUUUCCAAAAUAAUGGCAGCAUGUCAUCCGGAUCACAAGGCAAUGUUGUCAACUUGUCUGGCAGCACAGUGACAACCUCCCCUUCUUACCAGAAGGUGGUGGUAAAGGAGACAUUUACUGAACUCUAAUGACUAUGCUCACAACCUCUAUGGAAAAAGCUUUAAUGGGAGUGCCACGUGUGUGCCAGUUUCAUGGUGGAGGGUGUGCUGCAGGAAUGAAACUACAUGUGACUGCUUGUUGAGUUUGUCUCCUUCAAGAUAGUGUUUUUAUGUGCACAGAUAUUUCCCUUGUUCUCUUUUUUUUGUUUUGUUUUUUACACAGUUAACAAACCCUUAACCACAUUUUUUUUAUUGUUGCAAGAUAAUUUCAAGGAUUGUCAUAGUUCCACCGGUAUUUUUGCCUGUAAUGCAACCUGAUGUGACAUAGCAACACAAGGGCCUGUUUUAGGGUGUUUUAUUGCAAUUACAUCUGCGUUGUGUGAACGUACCUGAACAGUGAGCAGUGUGUGAAAACUGGCUUUGGGUUCGAGGACCACAGCAAUGAAUGUAUUCUUACAAUGUGUCUGCUAUCACCCAGAUGAAUGUGUGUGCUUGCUCAGACUUCAGGUGAUCUUCCAGAAGCUCCCUCCACAAUACGUUUUUGAAGUGACCUCCUGUUGAUUUGCUACGUAUUCCAUGAGAGUUAGGCAGAGCCUAGAAGAUAGAAAGGAGGAAAAAUGUAUGACCGUUCAAUGUAAAUAUGAUGUGAUGAAAUGAAUGGCAGAAUGUCACCUUUCAGUUUGCCCACAGUGAGGAGGGUGUAUCACAGAUAGUGCUGAGUGAAAAGUGGUUUUUGUAUUUCUUCGAUCGAACAAACAAUAAAUGAACUGGAAUCUAAAAUGUUUU